CAUUGACAGCUAAAAAACGUAAACAAACUUGAGGUUAUAGUCGUCAUUGUGGUGUUAUGCCGAAAUCUGUAUAAUAAAUUUCAAAAACAUGGUUAUAGCGAUAGGAUUUGAAGGAAGUGCUAAUAAACUUGGUAUAGGUAUUGUUAAAGAUGGCGAAAUACUCUCGAAUUGUAGACGAACCUAUAUCACACCACCCGGCGAAGGUUUUCUACCUAGAGAAACAGCAGAACAUCACCAACAGAAUAUACAUGAAGUACUAAAAGAAGCUCUUGACCAGUCAGGCAUAAAACCUCAGGAUAUUGAUGUUGUAUGUUACACCAAGGGUCCUGGAAUGGGCGCUCCACUGGCGGUGUGUGCUAUCGUUGCACGGACCUGUGCUUUGCUGUGGAACAAACCUAUACUUGGUGUUAAUCAUUGUAUUGGACAUAUUGAGAUGGGAAGGCUAAUAACAAAAGCUAACAAUCCAACAGUGCUAUAUGUGAGUGGAGGAAACACACAGAUCAUUGCAUACUCCCGGCAGAGGUAUAGGAUAUUCGGAGAGACCAUUGACAUUGCGGUCGGCAACUGCUUGGACAGAUUUGCGAGAGUUUUAAAGCUAUCAAAUGCACCCAGUCCAGGAUACAAUAUUGAACAGAUGGCGAAGAAAGGAAAAAAAUAUUUACACCUACCAUACUGUGUUAAAGGAAUGGAUGUCAGUUUAUCCGGUAUACUUUCAUACAUGGAAGACAGAAUAGAGGAAUUACUUAAAGACUACACGCCAGAAGAUCUCUGUUAUUCUUUGCAAGAAACUGUGUUCGCUAUGUUGGUGGAAAUCACUGAGAGAGCCAUGGCGCAUUGUGCAUCAGAUGAGGUUUUAAUAGUUGGUGGCGUAGGUUGCAACGAACGUUUGCAAGAAAUGAUGGGCGUUAUGUGUCAAGAGCGAAACGCGAAGAUCUUCGCAACGGACGAGCGUUUCUGCAUAGACAACGGAGUCAUGAUCGCACACGCGGGCGCUCUCGCAUAUGCGGCCGGCACUCGCAUGGAGUUUAAAGAUGCUACUAUCACGCAGAGAUAUAGGACUGACGAUGUUUUAGUUACGUGGCGUGAUGAUUAAUAUAUUUAUUAUACGGUU